UCCCAUCUAAAAGUUGCCUAUAAAAUUCAUAACACAUAAAUUCCCUCUCACCCAAGUAACCAAAAGUCAGCGUCAUCCCAACGUCCAACUCACUUUUGACCAUUUCACAACGCAGCCUCCCACCUGAGAGCGCCAAAGUAAUGUAUGUUUUCAUUACUUUUCUCCCAAGAAAACAGAGCAACAAAAUCCUGAUUUGUGAUUAAAAACACCCAUCUCUGAUCUCUCCUAUUUUUACUAUCAAUUCUGUCUCAACCAAAACAUCAAUAGUUUUUGUAUUCAUAUAAGCUUCAAAAGCAGUACAAAAUACAAAAAAAAAAGAAGAUUCGAACUUGUGAUUUAUCGUUCACAACACAUCAAUCUGUAUCCUUGAGUUCUAAAGACAUCCUUGGUACCCGAACAUCAAUAGUAAUUAGUAGGAGUACUACAUUAUACUAGUGCAUAGUAAUGGUACUUCCUCUAAUAAAGCUAGGUACGCUCGCAUUGAGGACUCUUAGUAAACCCAUUGCCACACGUCUCAAACAACAAGCUGGGUUACACCCCAAAUUUCGUGAAUUCAUCAUUAGUUUUGCCCAGGCAAAUCAUCGGCUUACAACUACACUGCAAAGGCGCAUUUACGGCCAUGCAACAGAUGUUGAAAUUCGGCCUUUACAUGAGGAGAGGGCUGUUCAGGCUGCUUCAGAUCUUCUGGGUGAAAUGUUUAUCUUUAUGGUCGCGGGAGCUGCAUUGAUAUUUGAGGUGCAAAGAAACUCAAAAUCAGAAGCUAAAAAGGAGGAGAAAAGAAAGGAAGAAUUGGAGGCAUUGCGACAAAGAGAUGAAGCUCUAUUGAAAGAAGUGCAGCAACUUAAGCUCCAAAUCAUGGAACUCGAGAAGCUAGCCAAGGGACGAGGCAUUGCUGGUUUUUUCAACUUUAGAUAUGGUCAAUCGGAUACUGAAAAAUCAUCAUAAGCAGCUUAAACUCACUGACUACUUGAUAUUUGGCAAACUAACUAAUUUUUUCCAGUCUUGUUAGCUCUAUUUUCUGGGAAAUUUGUUCCCUACUAUCUGUAUAUAAUUUUCAUAGGACCUCCUUAUUGCGGGUAGAUUAUUCACUGUCAAAGCCAGUAUGUGCAGAUUCACUUAACAGUAUCAGUUCAAGUCCUUUUAACCCUGUAAAUUACGAGUUAACUGAACGAUUUGAUAAACUAUUCGUUAUUUUUUUU